AUUAGACAUGCGCGUGGUAAGGAGUGAAAUCUACAACAGUAGUCGAUCAGCUGUUUUGCUCGAAUGUUGCUUCGAAUUUUGGCCAGAACCGAUACAAGUCACAUUAAUACGCGAUAAAAAAUGAAAGCCAGAACUAUAUUUGGACCGCUUACAAGAUUAAGAUUAUUUUGGAAUGAAAAUAUUUUAAUCAAUAGAAAAAAACCUCUAGCUUCUGAGGUUCUGUCAUGUCAUUUACUUAAUAGAAAAAAACCUCAUUGGACUUCUUAUUUUGUUAAGUAUAACAGUGUUAUCAACGACCAAUUUAGUCUUUCUCACUUUAACUGGAAGGUCGAAGAUGCUAAUUAUCAUAUACUGAGAACUGGUUGUUAUCCAUAUAUUAAGUAUCAUUGCACGAAAAGGAAUUAUCAAGAUUUGUCUACUGAAAACACAUUUUUUAUGAUCUUAAAAUUGAUUAAUUUUGGUAUCCCAACCUUAGCUUAUGGAUUAGGAUCUGCACUAUUAAUAAAACAUAGUGAAGAUGUGAUUACACCUUGUGGCUCUGUUACACUUUAUUUUUUGAAUAAAGAGGAAGAAGCAUCAAUGUUUUGAUAUUUAAAACGUAUUUAUAAAAUAAAAAGUUAUUUUUUUUUAGAAUAUUUGAAGAGUAGAAAGUUAGCAGCUGUGUUUUCAAUAAAUAUGAUUGAAGUUUCUGCUUGGGUUAUUUCAUAAUGUAUUUAUAGUGAAAUAUUAAUCAUUUGCUUUUUGUCCUAUUAUUUUCACUAAUCAUCUUAAU